CCUACGGCGCUGCCGUACUGUAAAAGUGUAAAUCCUCAUCCGGAAGAGCUGAAGAUGAUAGAAAUGUGAGCCAGGGUGGCCCCACCGUUUAUAAAUAAUUCUUUCUGUUUAAAAAGGACAAAGAUAAUAGUGUGUGAUCGCCACACAACAACAAUCCACCCUUCUCUUCAAAUCAGGCCCGUUUCUCCUCCACCUCCCAUCUUUUUCGUUCGACAAGAACAGUCUUCUCGCAGGUUCCGCCAUGGAUCCAUACAAGCACCGCCCUUCUAGUGCUUACAAUUCCCCCUACUGGACAACCAACUCCGGUGCUCCAGUUUGGAACAAUAACUCAUCAUUAACCGUUGGAACUCGAGGCCCAAUCCUCCUUGAGGAUUAUCAUUUGGUGGAGAAACUUGCAAAUUUUGAUCGUGAGCGGAUCCCAGAACGUGUUGUCCAUGCAAGAGGUGCCAGUGCCAAGGGUUUUUUUGAGGUCACCCAUGAUAUCUCUCAGCUUACGUGUGCUGAUUUCCUGCGAGCCCCUGGAGUCCAGACACCAGUCAUUGUUCGUUUCUCCACUGUUAUUCAUGAGCGUGGAAGCCCUGAAACCCUUAGAGACCCCCGAGGUUUUGCAGUGAAAUUUUAUACCAGAGAGGGUAAUUUUGACCUGGUGGGAAACAAUUUCCCCGUCUUUUUUGUCCGUGAUGGAAUGAAAUUCCCAGACAUGGUUCAUGCUCUUAAACCCAACCCUAAGUCUCACAUCCAGGAGAACUGGAGAAUUCUUGACUUCUUCUCCCACCAUCCAGAAAGUUUGCACAUGUUCACCUUCCUCUUUGAUGACUUGGGUAUUCCGCAAGAUUACAGGCACAUGGAGGGCUCUGGUGUUAACACCUAUACUCUCAUCAAUAAGGCAGGGAAAGCACACUAUGUCAAGUUUCAUUGGAAACCUACUUGCGGAGUGAAGUGCCUGUUGGAGGAAGAAGCCAUCAGGGUCGGAGGAUCUAACCACAGCCAUGCCACCAAGGAUCUGUAUGAUUCAAUUGCAUCUGGAAACUACCCUGAGUGGAAACUUUUCAUCCAGAUACUCGAUCCUGAUCAUGAAGACAGAUUCGAUUUUGACCCACUUGAUGUAACCAAGACCUGGCCUGAGGACAUCUUGCCCCUGCAGCCUGUUGGACGCUUGGUCUUGAAUAAGAACAUCGACAAUUUCUUUGCGGAGAAUGAGCAGCUUGCUUUUUGCCCUGCUAUUAUUGUUCCUGGCAUUUACUAUUCAGAUGAUAAGCUGCUCCAAACACGAAUAUUCUCCUAUUCCGAUACUCAGCGGCACCGUCUCGGGCCAAACUAUCUGCAGCUCCCUGCUAAUGCUCCCAAGUGUGCUCAUCACAACAAUCACCAUGAUGGUUUCAUGAAUUUCAUGCACAGGGAUGAGGAGGUCAAUUAUUUCCCCUCAAGGUUUGAUCCUGUUCGUCAUGCAGAGACUCACCCCAUUCCUCCUCCUAUCUUGACAGGAAAGCGCAACAAGUGCAUGAUUGAGAAGGAGAACAACUUCAAACAGCCAGGAGAGAGAUACCAAUCCUGGUCACCGGACAGGCAAGAGCGAUUCAUCAACCGAUGGGUUGAGGCUUUAUCUGACCCACGGGUCAGCCAUGAAAUCAGCAGUAUUUGGCUGGCAAACUGGUCUCAGGCUGAUAGGUCCCUUGGUCAGAAGCUAGCAUCCCGCCUUAAUGUGAGGCCGAGCAUGUGAAGUUGACACACCCCACUGGAUGUUUUGAGUUGAUGAGUCUGUGAGAGAGUGGUGUUUGGUAGUCAAUUGUAAUCUUUGGAUUAGCAUGUCAUAUUAUAUAAUGCCAAACAAACCUGUAUGUAGUGUGACUUUUUAAACCUGGCGAUGCGGUGAUCAUACCCUGAUCUUAAUAAAUUGCAGUUAUAUGUUGGAAGUCAUGUUGCAAAUUUUCUUAAUUAUAUGUUGCCAGUUACAGACUUUGUCCUGAUGUGCUCAAUC